AUGAAGAUCACGGCCCAAAUUAUCUUUUUCCUUUUCACCAUCUUCGCAGGACUUUCACCCGUCAGCGCCAGUGGCAGCUGUAGCGAAGACUACCUAUAUGCGCUAGGUAUGAAAUUCGAGAGCGAGGAAGUGACCAAGGCAAAAAGCUUCAGAACCUCGUCCCUCUUCACCCAAGUGGCAACAGAGUUGGUAUUUAAAAUGGGAGCAACCCCGGAAAACUACAGGGAGAGUCUCAUCCGCAAACUCGUUGAUGCUGGACUCUACAAUGGAGAGCAGGACUGUGUCGAGUGCUUCAGCAACAGUAUUAGGUGCGUGAUCAAGAGCUGCAAGGCAAUGUGCUUCCCAGACCCAUGCAAAAAAGCAUGUCUCAAGUGCGUGGACAAGAACUGCAAGAGUGACCUUUUAGAAUGUGUUGGACAAAGCGAUGUUGUGAACCCGUGUGUAUGGGCCAAGGAAUUUGAAAAGUACAAGUCUUCCUCAAAGGGCAACCUCGGCGGAGCCUCAGGCUCACACUAG